AUGGAUUACCGAUGGACCAAAGGCAAGCAUGAAACUGUUGGCCGUGACAGGAAGCAAUUUAUGAAGGAUCGGGCUUAUGAGGACUCCCUUACCGGGGAUUUUCGCAUGCCGAUCAAUCAAAGGCCAACAGAAAAUGUUGAUCUGGAUAAUGUUGAACAAGCAUCUCUGGACAUUCAUAUAAAUUCAUCUAAUAUUGGUUUUAAGCUUCUUCAAAAGAUGGGUUGGAAAGGAAAGGGUCUUGGCAAAGAUGAACAAGGAAUAGUUGAGCCAAUAAAAUCUGGGAUUAGAGAUCCAAGACUGGGGGUCGGUAAACAGGAAGAAGAUGAUUUUUUCACUGCAGAAGAAAAUGUCCAGAGAAAAAAACUAGAUAUUGAGUUGGAGGAGACAGAGGAGAAUGUGAGGAAACGAGAGAAGGCAGCAUAUAACUUAUAUGCAUGCCUUUUUACCGGAUUGGUGUUAGCUGAACGUGAGCAAAAAAUUCAAACUGAGGUGAAAGAAAUCCGGAAGGUGUUUUAUUGUGAACUCUGCAACAAGCAAUACAAAUUGGCAAUGGAAUUUGAAGCGCACUUGAGCUCUUAUGAUCACAAUCACAGGAAGCGUUUCAAGCAAAUGAAAGAAAUGCAUGGUAGCAGCAGUCGGGAUGAUAGGCAAAAGCGAGAGCAGCAACGGCAAGAGAAAGAAUUGGCCAAGUUUGCUCAAAUUGCUGAUGCUCAAAAGCAGCAACGGCUUCAACUCCAGCAAGAAUCUGGCUCAACACCAGUUUCAGUUUCCUCAGAAUCUAGGACUGCUACUGCGCUAACAGAUCAGGAGCAGCGAAAUACUUUGAAGUUUGGGUUUUCUUCUAAAGGAUUUGCUUCCAAGAACACUGUUGGUGCCAAGAAGCAAAAUGUUUCAAAGAAGCAAAAUGUUCCAGUGGCCUCUAUAUUUGGAAACGACAGCGAUGAAGAGUAA